AUGGAGUCUUCGAUCAGCCACUCAUCGAACCAGAAGCUCAUGAGUAAUCCAGAACUUCCACUCGCACACGAUGAGAAUGCUCAAGGUCACCCGCAAUUUGAGACUUUUUCGGGCUUCGAACAAGAACCAGUUUUUCCCGCACCGACGUUCGAACAAGACGUCAUGGCCAGCUUUGAAGGACUUCGAGACGUCGAGACAUCUCACUCAUCAGGACAUACUGCAGUGUCAAUCACAGGCCUUGAAGAUCUCUUGAAUGAUGCUUCACUCCCGCGGGAUGUUCUUGAUUUCGGCGUCGAUCUGACCUUUGACACGCCUAGUAUUUUCCAUACAGAAUUUCUGCUCCCUACUGAUCAACAGCUGCUACAGCCGGAAUUUGAGCUAGUCGAGGAUGAACCCCAUGGGAAUCAAGGGGGUUUCGUGACGCCAGGCCUUCGAGGGAAGCUAGAUAUUAUUGCAAGUGUUCAAGCUUUCAAAGAAUCCCUGUGGCUCUGGACGCCAGAGAUCAGCGAUCACAACGCACUUGAGCAGCGCAAUCUCUCUUUGCCUUGGGAUAGCACGUCAUCGGGGAGCGACUUCUUCAGCGAAUUCCCGCUUCUGCAGCAAGGUAUAAGCAGCGUUACCAGGGGCAAGAUCUUGGCCAUGGUCCUUCGCACUUGCGAAGCAACCGUGCAACCUCAUGUGAUAUCGCAUUUCCCAAGCUCGGAGCUGUUGACCAAUCUCAUUCAAAAUUUCCUCAGCUUCCAUUUACAGCAGGAAAUCAUGUGGAUACAUCCGGCGUCAAUUGAACUGAACAAGGAGCCCCCAUUAUUUCUAAUUAGUAUGGUCGCAACUGGGGCGGCGAUAUCGCCUAUUCAGGAGAUUCGAAAAUUGGGGUUCGCCAUGCAGGAAGUAUUGAGGGAGGCUUUACCAUCGGAAUUCGAGCACGAUAAUCGAUUAACACGUGACCUCAGGACGUUGCAAAGCUUUGCUCUGAGUUUGGAUAUCGGUUUAUGGAGUGGCAAUCGAAGGAAAAUGGAGAUAGCAGAAAGCUUCGCUAUGCCAUUGAUCACAAUGGCCCGAAGAGCUGGCCAUUAUCGGCUUCCACGAACAAUUGAGCUGCCACCACAGGUAGAGGAUAAUGGAGAGCUUCUUGAAUCGAAGUGGCGAAACUGGGUUCGUCAAGAGUCCUUCAAACGGAUUGCACUGUACCUAUUCUAUCGAGAUACAAGAUCUUCUAUUUCUCUCCUAAGUCAGCCGUUGAUCUCCUACGCCGAGGUUUCUACUUCACUACCGUGCCACAAAGCAUUAUGGCUUGCAAAGAGUUCAGGUGAAUGGAGGGAAGCUUACUCAACUCAAAAUCGUGAAGGACGUUAUCCCUUGCCAUCAGUCCGAUCAUGCAUUGACGACAUAACGCCCCUGUUUGAGCGCCAAAGCAUGGUAGAUGUCGACAUGUCGUUGCUUAUAAUCAUUGCUGCAGUUUGGCCACUGAUCUGGCAGUUCAGAGAGAUGAAAAGUGUACUCAGGUCCCGAACCUCCUCAGAUUCACGGCACAGUUUGUCAACUAUGAAUGCAAGACGACAUGAAGUGGAACAAAUGCUACGACAUAUUCGUUUGAUCUCCACAGAAUGGCAUGGCAAAUUCCAACCAACUGCUGGAUUGCUCCAGGAGCAAUGCUUAAUGCAUCUCCAUGCAUCUCUAGAGGAUGUCCAGCUCUUAGCCGGGAGAGAGGGAGAGGAAGAAGCUCGAAGAGUGUUCCCGACAUUGACAGCGUGGGUCGACUCAACGGACGCCCGGCAGGCCCUUUUCCAUGCUGGUCAAGUGAUCCGUGCGUCCAGAGAAUAUCACAGAUCCAUGCUUAGGGAUGCGGCCGCGGUCGCCGUGUACCAUGCAAGCUUGGUCUUCUGGGCGUACGCUGUAUUGUCACGAAGUCACGGUGCUGAAGGAGCACAAAACUCCGCGUCGAGCGCUACCAAUUCAAAGGCCGUAUUUUAUGUCAGACUUGACGAUGAAAACGGCCCCGAAGUGCAACGUUUCGUGAUGUUUGGCAAAGGGAUUCCUUGUAUCGGUCGUGAGGUGGUGGAACAAGGCAAUGAAGGAUUCAGAGAAGUUCCAAUCAAGGAUGUCGGGGAAGUCAUGAACACGAUCACUAAACUUCUACAUGCACAGCACGAAGGGGGGGAGAACAGCUGCCCACCGCUUCUGGCGAAUCUGAGUAAACUCAUGCAAUCCCUCGGAAAGGCCGCGGGUACCAUGUCUGCCAAAGUCGCACUGGUAACCGCCAGCUCGGCGGGUCUAGGGGCCGCUACCGCUAAAGCGCUUGCAGCUGCUGGGUUCAACGUCGUCAUUAACUACAAAAGUAGUAAAGCGAAAGCCGAUGCUGUGGUCUCAGAUAUCCAACAAAAGCAAUCGCUAGCAGAUGGUCGUCCUCAAUCUCUCGCGAUUCAGGCAGAUAUGUCCAAGCGGACGGAUAUUUCGCAUCUAGUAGAAGCCGUCAUCAACACUUUUGGCCGAUUGGAUUGCGUUGUAUCAAAUCAAGGCUGGACUAAAAUGCGACAAUUCAAUGACCUAGAUGAUAACGUUGAGGAAUCGGACUGGGACCUGUGCUAUAACAUGAAUGUCAAAUCACACCUCUACUUGUUCCACGCUGUGAGACCUCAUCUGGCGAAGGUUAAUGGGUCUUUCACGACCAUUGCAUCGUUGGCGGGUGUCAUUCCGAGUGGCAGCUCCAUUGUACGUUCGUUCUCAAACUUCGAUCAAGACUUCUGUGUCCAUGACUGA